UGUAAACUAAUCCGCACUAUUAGGGUGCAUCGGCCGUUGCUGUGUGUUGACACAUAAAGUGCGCUAGACUAGUUUGGGACGCUCCCAGAGUGGAAGUUAACAUUGCGUAUAAAGUAAGGGACGACAAACACUACUUUCUAUUGGUCCUGCUGGUUUUGCUUUGGUCCAAUCAGGGCUGCGUUUCCUAUUAUUUUGGGUUUGUACGUACAGUGUGAUUUCUGCGUUAUGCUCUGUGUAUGUUGUAGUUUGUGGUGAAGGGAAGUAGCCGGGUGUAUUAGUUAGCUAUAUUAGUUGUAUUAGUAACUGAGUGUGUGGGGUUUCUGGGAGCUGUCUCGUGAGACAGUGAGGCACGUGCUAUGUCUGGGCACGGGCACGGCGGCGGACACGGGCACGGCGGCGGCUGCUGUGAACACGAGCAUGAGCCCGCAGAACGAGGCCUGGAGUACGGGCUGUACAGACGCAUCGAUAUAGGGAAGCUGCAGUGCCUGAACGAGAGCCGAGACGGAGACGGGAAACUGGUGUUCAAGCCCUGGGAUCAGCGCGCAGACCGGGAGAAGUUUGUGGAGAGUGACGCUGACGAGGAGCUUUUGUUCAAUAUCCCGUUUACCGGAAAUGUGAAGCUAAAAGGGAUUAUUAUUUCCGGGGAGGAUGAUGAGUCCCAUCCAGCAGAAAUGAGGCUAUACAAGAACAUACCGCAGAUGUCAUUUGAUGACACAAGCAGAGAGCCUGAGCAGGCAUUUCGCCUCAACAGGGAUCCACUAGCAGAACUUGAGUAUCCAACUAAGAUUGCCCGCUUUUCCAACGUAAAUCACUUGUCCAUUCACAUUUCUCGAAACUUUGGAGCAGAUUCCACUCGUGUUUACUACAUUGGACUACGGGGAGAGUACACUGAGGCUCACAGACACGAGGUGACCAUCUGUAACUACGAGGCAGCAGCAAAUCCAGCAGAUCAUAAAGUGAAAACGAUCACCCCACAAACACAAUUUAUAUCAUGACCCAAGAUGCAAGACUGUGCCGUUAGAUUGAAAUGAAUGUGUUUUGGGAACUGAGGUCUGUUUAUGUAGACAUGUUCCAAGGGAAAUGUUGGUUUGUUUUACUUUUUGUGUGCAAAUAAAUGUUCAACGUUAAAUACA